AUGGUGGCGGCGCGGCGGCAGCAGCAGCAGCGGGGGUGGCGGCGGCGGUGCGGGCUGCCGGUGCUGCUGGCGGUGUACGUGGGCUAUGUGGGGCUGGGCGCCGGCGUGCUGCGGGCGCUGGAGCGGCCGGCCGAGGUGCAGGCGGCCCAGCACCUCCUGCAGCAGCACUGGGAGCUGCUGGCGAACUACACCUGCCUGCAGGGGCCAGCCCUGCAGCAGCUCUUCGAGGGUAUCAUCCAAGCCUACAAGAGUGGCAUAACCCUCCAGGGAAACACCACUAGCCUGGGCAGGUGGGACUUCAGUGGGUCUUUCUUCUUCUCCAUCUCUGCAAUAACAACCAUUGGUUAUGGAAAUCUGAGCCCCAGCACUGCAGCUGGUCGAAUAUUCUGCAUUGUGUUUGCACUCUUUGGGAUCCCCCUGAACCUUGUACUCCUUAAUGAAAUUGGGCAGCUGAUGCUGUUAGGGGUUCAGCAUUGCACCCAUCGCCUGGAGGAGGUGUUUCAUGGGCAGAAAAAAGCUUCGCUUCUGAUUAAGACCUGUGCACUUGUAACUGGCUUGUUAUUGUUCCUCCUGCUACCUCCCUUGUUGUUCUCUGACAAAGAAGGCUGGUCUUACGAAGAAGGUUUCUACUAUUCCUUCAUUACCCUCAGCACUAUAGGGUUUGGGGAUUAUGUGAUUGGGAUGAACCCAGACCGCACCUAUCCAGGCUGGUACAAGAAUGUAAUUUCUCUGUGGAUCCUCUUUGGGAUGGCCUGGCUAGCUUUGGUUAUCAAACUUUGCAUCAACUUUCUAGAGAGCUCGAGUGACUUCUGCCAGUGCAAAAAGAAGAGUACAGACGUGGUGGAAGACCUAGUGGGUGGCAACAAAAAUAGUAUAACGGGACUUCAUAAUGUGGAGAUCUGCAAUGACAAAGACACAAAAACAAAAGGACCAGAUGAAUCUCAUAACUACAAAGCUCCUAAAGAAGCACAUAUUAACUUCGAAAACUUGACUGCAGAAUGGAGCAUUGGGGUGACUCUUCAGCUUCUGCAUGGGAUAAAGAUUCCACGUGGACAGAGGAGAAAAGACUGAAAACACAGAAUAAGAAAUUCAGGAAUUAAAGAUAUCUAUACCUGGAUUCACAGAAAUGCAGUGAGUGAGAAGUUUACAGUCUUUAGGAACCACAAGUUCUGAAACAUAAUGACAAAAGUGUUUCUGAAGUAGGCCAGUCUGAGUGUUGAUAUGUGGUGGAACUGAUUACAGGAGAAAGUGCGUGGAAGAAUCUGCCAGCAUUUUUAUUAUCUUUUUGCCAACUACAUAGCAAUAAAUGUUCUCUAGAAUAGUGUUUCAAUGGGCAGCAGAGAUAAGAAAGGGAGGUAGUGGAAAUCGCAGGUCAUAGUUGGAAAACUGGUGCAAAAUAAAUACAUUUCCAUUUUUUGAA